AGAUGUUUCCGAGGGGCGGAAGAUUUCACCUCGGUCACUGAGCCUGCUGCAAUCUAAUUAGGCCAUACCAUGGCGCACAUCCACGACCUCGCCGGCGAGGUAGACCUCCCAUCCAACUACGCGUCCGGCCGCCUAGCAGACCCAUCCCAGGUCCGCUUCCCACGCACUCCCGUCUUCUCCUCCAUGAACAAACCAUCCCGCUUCGAGGGGGACGUCUACGACCUCGAGGUGACGGGGACCAUCCCGCGGGACAUCGACGGCACCUUCUUCCGCGUGCAGCCGGACCACCGCUUCCCGCCGCUCUUCGAAGACGACAUCCACUUCAACGGCGACGGGUCGGUGACGGCCAUCCGCAUCUCGGGCGGCCACGCCGACCUCAAGCAGCGCUACGUGCGGACGGACCGGUAUGCGCACGAGACGCGCGCGCGGCGCAGUCUGUUUGGCCGGUACCGCAACCCCUGGACGGACAACGAGAGCGUGAAGGGGGUGAUCCGCACGGCGAGCAAUACCAAUGUCGUGUUCUGGAGGGGCGUGCUGCUGGCGAUGAAGGAGGACGGCCCGCCGUUUGCGAUGGAUCCCAUGAGUCUUGAGACGCUGGGGCGGUAUGACUUUGAGGGGCAGAUUCUCAGUCCCACGUUUACGGCGCACCCGAAGCUGGAUCCCGAGACCGGGGAGAUGGUGUGUUUUGCGUACGAGUGCGGCGGGGACGGGGCGGAUUGCAGCGUGGAUGUCGCCGUGUGGACGAUUGACCGCGACGGGAGGAAGACGGAGGAGUGCUGGUACAAGGCCCCAUUUGCGGGCAUGAUCCAUGACUGUGGGAUUAGUGAGAACUAUGUCGUGCUGGCGCUCACGCCGAUCAAGAUGAAUCUCGAGAGGAUGAAGAAGGGCGGGAACAAGUUUGCGUGGGAUCCGAAUGAGGAUCAGUGGUACGCCGUCGUGCCGAGGCGGGGCGCGAGGAGUGAGGAUAUCACCUGGUUCAGGGCUGACAAUGGUUUCCAUGGCCAUGUUGCGGGAUGCUACGAGCUGCCUUCGGGUGAGGUGGUCUUUGACCUGACCGUUGCCGACGGCAACGUCUUCUUCUUCUUCCCUCCAGACGACAAUAUCACCCCUCCUGACGGCCUGGCCAAGCGCAACCGGCUUUCGUCGCCCACGGUCCGCUGGGUGUUUGAUCCCAAGGCGAAGAAGUCGGCCAUCCGGACUGCGGAGGCCGGCGACGCGGACGUCUGGGUGGCAGACGAGCGGGUGAAGCCGGCGCUGACGUGGCUGACCAACGGCGAGUUCUCUCGCAUCGAUGACAGGUAUACCACCAAGCCGUACCGGCAUUUCUGGCAAGCCGUGGUCGACGGGACGAAGCCAUACGACUUCCAGAAGUGCGGUCCUCCGGCCGGCGGGCUGUUCAACUGCCUGGGCCACUACACCUGGUCUCAGGAGCACUAUCAUACUGCUGAGUCCGCGCAGGGCGGCCAGAAUGGCACCAACGGGGGGAGUGAACAGAAGGGAAAGUUUGGGCUCGAGGAUGUGUACUUCGCUGGGCCGACCAUGACCUUCCAGGAACCAACCUUCAUUCCGCGCGAGGGCGGCGCCGAGGGCGAAGGCUAUCUGAUCGCGCUGCUGAACCAUCUCGACCAACUGCGCAACGACGUGGUCAUCUUUGACGCGCAGCACCUGAGCAAGGGCCCGCUGGCCGUGGUCCACCUGCCGCUGAAGCUCAAGUUGGGCUUGCACGGCAACUGGGUCGACCACCGAGAUAUCGAGGCCUGGCAGCAGCGGAGGGCGGAGGGUGGGGAUGUUGGGCCGGUGCAGGUUGCGAAGGAGCCGCUGCCGUGGCAGAAGAAGCUGGCGGAGCAGGGCGAGGCUGGGGGAAGGGACACGCAGUGACCCGUUGCCUGCUGCGCACCAGCUCUCUGGAUACCUUACGUAGAGAAAGGAUACGGGGCAGAGCGCGUAAAAGACGAGUGUAAUCCAAUGUGGUACCCGGUCCUUGCCAAAGACGUUGAACAUCUCCGUCAUCUCCAUGUAACGAUUGCCCGAGUCAGUGAGAAAAAGGGUCCUUUACAACCGACAUCGCUGUAAGCCGCUAUAGAUACGGCUAGUUACUACCAGUAAGUUGUAAGAACCGGAAGACGGUGUCUUAAUCUUACGU